AUAAAAAUGUAAAAAACAUUUUUUUUUUUCAAUUUCAACAGCAAAUGUGCGUUCUACGAAUUCACGCUACGAAAUCCGUAGCGCUGCGGCCGGCGGAAAAGCCGCGGAGAGAGGUGCGCCAGCGCCGAUGGGACGAACCUAAACGCGCACCACCCCGCGCGUAUUUAUUCGCAAGGCCACGCCAGCGGCUCGUCAGUGCGCAAACGACACUCGCACGCGAUAUACUAUCACAACGGUUCACGCUGCGACGUCGCGACGCUCACAAUACGCGUACGAUAGAUAAAGUUUAUUUAAAAAAUAAAUAUAGACUCUCUGUUUUUGUAUAGCUUUUAAGAAAGUUCUGUUUAGACUGUUAUAAUUAUAAGUAUACAAUAUGUUUAUGUUCCUACAAAACUCUAAGAUUUUGUGGGGAAUAGGUCAAGUGGUGUAUUUCUGUGUUUCGCGGGCGUCAACGCCGUUACUGUUGACGUUCGCCGUCGCCCUGCUGGUGGCGCGUCUUCUGUUGGUCCUGCGGGAGAUUAAGAAGCUUCCACCGGGUCCGUGGGGACCGCCGGUCGUUGGAUACCUGCCCUUCCUCGGCAUCAGACAUAAAACGUUCCUGCAGCUGGCGCGGCACUACGGAUCCCUGUUUUCGGCACGACUAGGGAAUCAGCUUACUAUCGUAUUGAGCGAUCACAAGCUCAUACGAGAAGCAUUCCGUCGUGAAGAGUUUACGGGGAGGCCGAAUACACCACUAAUGCACACAUUGGAUGGACUCGGCAUCAUCAACAGCGACGGCAGACUAUGGAAGAGUCAACGCCGGUUCUUACACGAAAAACUGAGAGAAUUCGGCAUGACUUACAUGGGCAACGGCAAGCGUGUAAUGGAAACUCGAAUUAAGCAUGAAGUUCACGACUUAAUCGAAAAUAUCCGCCGCACUAAUGGUCUGCCAGUCGAUCUGAACCCUAUGCUGGCACUGGCCGUAUCUAAUGUAAUUUGCGGUAUCACUAUGUCCGUACGAUUUAGUCACGGCGAUGCUAGAUUUGAAAGGCUUAACUUCCUGAUCGAAGAAGGCAUGCGGCUUUUCGGAGAAGUGCACUAUGGAGAAUACAUCCCACUAUACAACUAUCUGCCCGGUAAAGCCCAAGCUAAAGAGAAGGUGGUAAAGAACCGCGAAGAAAUGUUUGCGUUUUAUCAAACGUUGAUCGACGAACAUCGGCAAACGUUAGACAUUAACAACGCGCGGGAUCUGAUCGACACUUAUCUCAUAGAAAUGGACAAGGCUAAGACCGAGGGUAGGUCAAAAGACCUAUUUGAGGGCAGGGACCAUGAGCUCCAAUUGAAACAAAUUUUGGGUGACUUGUUUUCGGCGGGCAUGGAGACUAUAAAAUCCUCUAUACUAUGGAUGAUAGUCUUCAUGAUCAGGAACCCGGACGUUAAGCAAAAAGUGCAAGAAGAACUAGAUGCUGUAGUUGGUCCAAAUAGGCUACCGAAUAUGGAAGACAUGGCCAGAUUACCGUACACCGAAACGACCAUCCUAGAGACGCUCAGAAUGUCAAGCAUAGUUCCUCUAGCAACAACGCACUCACCUACCAAGGAUGUUCAUCUUAACGGUUACAAGAUUCCAGCUGGAGCUCAAGUGGUUCCACUUAUAAACUGCGUGCAUAUGGAUCCUAAUCUCUGGGAUGAACCCAAAAAGUUCAACCCGAGCAGAUUCAUCGAUGAGAAUGGCAAAAUUAGACGCCCAGAGUACUUCAUGCCUUUCGGAGUUGGUCGCCGUAUGUGCCUAGGAGAUAUUCUAGCGCGCAUGGAAAUGUUCAUGUUUUUCUCAUGCCUGAUGCAUCAAUACGAUGUCGUUCUCCACGAAGGCGAUCCGCUACCUUCAUUGGAGGGUAUCGUUGGUGCGACGAUAGCUCCGAAGGCGUUCCGAGUCAAGUUUGUGCCGAGAUCGGCGCCAGAGCCUGUGGCACCCGUGUCCUUGCCCGAUCACCUGACACUCCGAAACGUCGGUGCCCACUAGAGGCGCUAGCCUCAUCGCCACACACCCACCAGUAUUCACUGAUCGCUCGUUUUAGAGCGCAUCAUCAACCAUUUUUAAGACUAGACUAGAUUAUAAUGUUACGACGCCGCUAUAGCGACGCUCGAGGCUGUGCAUAAAGUGUUCAAUAUUUAAUUAUAAACUGAACUUUAGUUGUAGGCAUAAAGAAAAUUCCCAUCGCAGUGAUUAUAAAAUGUUAUGAAAGUGUGUUUGCAGUAUUAAAGAGCGUAGAUUAUAAAUUUAUUCGAUAUUACGCAAAUCACACAAUUAAAGAUAUAUUUUGUAAAUUAUUUAUAAGUCGAUUAAGUUCUAGUAUCUAUACCAAAUUGAAUAUAUAAUUGUUCUAGAUCAUUAUUUAUUAGUAGUUAUUUUUUCACUAGAGAAUGUUGUAUUUUGAGUGUGAUCUCAAAGAUAUUGCGAUGUAUUGUAUCCUAUUGAGUGUAUAGACAUUCCAUGUCAGAGCAGGGACCUGCAGCUAGUCUAAGUGAGUUGAUAUUAUUAACCUAGUUUUCGUAACUUAGCCUGAAGUGUCUAAUAUAUGUUUUUCCGCAACAAAGUUGCCGUCUUGUACUGUGUACUUUAAUAAGUCUGUUUUAUUUCACAACUCACCGUCGUAAUACAUUACCAUUACUUAUUUACCAAGCUUUGUAUAUAUGCAAUAGUUUUGGAAUACAUAAAUGUGAAAAUAAAUAACGAUUUAAAUAAUGAA